UCGUGUAUGAGCAUCGCUCGCGGCUAGAGAAGUCUCUGCAGAAGGAACGUGUGGAACACAAGAAGGCCAAAGAGGAUUAUCUGGUGUAUAAACUUGAAGCCCAACAGUCUCUGAACAAGGAGAAGCAGGACUCCAGCAACAAAUUCAACUCUCUGCAUGGGCAGCACCAGAUGUUGAAGAAGCAGCAUGAGGACCUGAAGAAGCAGCACUAUGACCUGCAGGAGCAGCAUCAGAUUCAGGGAGAGGACCACGGCAAGGCCUUGGACGAACACAAGGACCGCUUAGACAAACUACAGCAGACCAAAGAGAUGGAAGCCUCCAAACUCAAAGAGAAUGUGUAUAAUCUGCGAGAGGAGAAUAAGCAGCUGAGGAAAGCUCACCAGGACAUCCAUGUCCAGCUGCAGGAUGCACGGAUAGUACAUAAGGACUUGAAGGCUGCGCAUGAUCAGCUUGCACUGACGCUAGAGGACCACAAGAGUGCGCUGGUCGCCGCUCAGGUCCAGGUGGAUGAGUAUAAACAACUCAAAGAGACCCUGAUCAGAAUGCCCAGCCUUCGACAUGAUCAAAACCCCUCCCACCAACAGGCCCAGCCAGCUGCUGUAUUGGCCGAGCCACAUGAACAGGGCCCACCCUCACCACAGUCAGCUGCCUUAUUCGCUGAGCCCCACGUAGAAACACACACCCAUGAGGAAGACCAUGGGGACACACAAUCCAGGCAGUUGCAUCUGCAGGAAGAGGAAGUGGGCAAGCCAGAGUUCCAGUCUCAGCCUGCCCAGUCCCACCAUGCCGAGAAAGAGGGAUAUGGGGAUGCAGAGGGGGAGGCAGAGAGGAGGAGAGAGCUGGCGGAGGAAGAGAUGGAGCAGGCCGGGCAGCCCCAGAAGCUGGAGGAGGAAUCUGAACAACCACAGGAGGACGAGGGGUUGGAGGCGGAACACGACCAGCCAGACGACAACGCUCUGGACCGUCAGAGACGCCAACCACAACUGGAUCCACAAAAUGACAUCCACCUCGUCCCUGAGACCCACCUGCAGCAGGAGGCCCACGUGACCCAGGCGGAGCGGGUGAAGUCUGCCUACGAGCAGCAGCAGGAGCAGCAGCGCCUGGAGGCUGAGAGGACCCAGAGGACGAGGGAGCUCCAGCUGCGCCAGGAGGCCCUGCUGGCCCAGAGAAUGACCGUGCAGAGGGAGAGAGAGCUGCGCCUGCGAGCUCAGCACGAGAGAGAGGAGGAGCAGCAUCGAGAGGCGGACCGUCGGGAACAGCUACUGAAGGAAGAGCAGAUCAGGAAGAAGAGUAACUAUGAGAACAUGGACAAUGACAUCGUCCAAGCUGAUGAAGAACCUCAUAUUGAUGAUGACGAAGAGAGGGACCCUCACAUGGAGCAUGAAGAGGAGGAGCAAGAUGAAGAGGACCACCGAGUACCACAACUACAGGAGGGGGCGGUAGAGGGGGAGGUGGACCCAGAGGAUGACCCUAAUAACCAGGGAGAGGAUGAGUUUGACGUGGCAGAGGAGCACCCUAACCCCAAUCACCCAGCCAUAGACGAGGAACUGGUGAUGGCGGUAAACCCCGAUCAGCAGGAAGACAACCUGGAUGAGCUGUAUCCGGAGGACGAGGUACAGGAGGAUUUGGCCAGGGGGCAGAAGAGGGAGGAGGAGGAGGAGGAGGAGCCAUACAACGAGGAGAACGGAGAACACGAUGACGUGAAAGAGCAAGAGGUCCCAGCAGAGAAAGAGAUCCAAGAGGAGGAGAACUACGAAGACAAGGAGGUGGGGGUUGAACGGGACGAGCGGCCCAAUCGAAGGGAGAUGUGAGCUGGACAGAGACGAUGACCAAUGAGAGUGCCUUUCACCAUCACUGGGAGCCAAUCAGAUCUCACUAUUGUUCCCUCUAAAGGAGUAAAAUCAGGCACCCACUCGGCAUUCCGAUCGGAAUUCUAUUGGAAUGUCUGCUUGGAGAUUCCCUUUUGUUUUUGUGUGGGACUGGAACUCAUGAACUUCUGGACAGAAUUAUCCUACUGGAACUGGGAAUACUAUAUAUAUAUUGAACAAAAAUAUAAACACUACAUGUAAA